AUGUACGACGACACCGAGAGUUCCAAGCGACGUAGGCGGCCGCUUGCAACGAUCGUCUUCUACCACUAUGCCGCCUUGACGGCCUGCACGACCUUCUGCUUAUCCGUGUCCAUAUUUAUGGCCUAUCACCUCGGAUACUUUUCAACCUUUCUCAUCUACCUUCCGUUCGUCACCGUCUGCAUACCAGCGCUCGCUCUAUUCGAUGCAGCCCACAUAUCGACCUGGUCUCGAUGGCCAUCUUCAAGAAGGAACCGACUCAGACUGUGCGCCGUCUGGUGUUUAUUCCUCGUGUUUGCACCCUGGUACCCUUCGUCGUCGCCCCUGCGCAAUGACCACCCACCGCCACCUGUCCUCCCAUCGACAAACGGGACGUACUUUAUCGCCGCCAACCUCUACAACUCGGCCAAGAUUCUCCCUACAUGGACGAGACAAAUGAAACAACUAAUCCACCACCUUGGAAAGGACAAUGUGUACAUUUCGAUCCACGAAUCCUACUCGGUGGACGACACGAAGACGAUGCUGCAGGAAUUUGAAAAGUACCUCGAACAGGAGGGGAUUGGGAGUAAUUUGGCGACUGAGGAUGGGCGAAGGGGGCAUCUAGGCUUGGAUAGCCACGAGAGGAUUGCGUUUAUGGCCGGGAUUAGGAACAAGGCCUUGGAACCUCUGCGAACGCUAGGGAAUCGGUACGGGCGACGGUUCUCCAAGGUCAUCUUCUUCAACGAUGUGUACUUUGAUUGGAGAGCAAUUGUACGGCUGAUCAAUACGAAGGAGGGGGAGUACGACCUUGCUUGUGGACUGGAUUUCGAUGGGGUGGGGAUGUACGACCGAUGGGUGCUGCGCGAUGCUUGCGGAGGGCCCACGAAGGAAGUGUGGCCGUACUUUACCGAGCCUCGUGCGGUGAAGAAAUUGCGGAAGGGCGAGCCAAUCGAGGUCGCGACCUGCUGGAAUGGGGUUGCCGUCUUCGAUGCUUCAUGGUUCUUGCUGGACGGCGAAUCCGACAAAGACAGCCCAACGACCGAGCAUUCCCCUCUUCCCCUCAAGUUCAGAGCCAGCAACAAAUGCACAGCGUCCGAAUGCUACCUCAUCGGGAUGGACAUGCACUUUUGGAAAUCGCCCAAGAUGCCCAAGAUUUACGUCAACCCUCAAGUGAAAGUUGCGUAUGACUAUCUGAACUAUCUCUUCCACACCAAGUUUGAGGAACUGACGUUAUCGGCGCCGUGGCGGGUGGUAUGGCAGGACUGGAUUGGGUAUAGGAUGUUUGGUUGGGUGUCGGACAGGAUAUGGCUGAAGCGAGAUCGAUGUGAUCCAGCGCUUGGAGAUCUAAUCUUUGUGAAGCCGGGGUAUUGUACUAACUGA